AUGGCCGGCUCGCUGACACAUACCGCUUUCCCGGACAUGAGAUUGUUGCCAAAAGAAGAGCCACUGAAGAAAAAGCAGGUGUGCCCUUUAAGAGGGGAAGCCGCUGAGCAAAGGACAGCAUCCCAGUCUCCAUCCUCUCCGGAGUUGCUUGAGGAUUUCUUAUUGCGUGAAAUGGCUGUGCUCUUUAGCAACGGUCGAGGGCCUGUUUGA